CACUGUGCCUCUUCUCCAUGUAAACAUAACGGAACAUGUACUUCCGGUUCAACAACGUUCUCAUGUCAGUGUGCAGGUGACUUUAUCGGAGACACGUGCGGAGGCACCGAUCACUGUGCCUCUUCUCCAUGUAAACAUAACGGAACGUGUACUUCCGGUCCAACAACGUUCUCAUGUCAGUGUGUAGAUGGCUUUAUCGGAAACACCUGUGGAGUAAAACGUUGCAUAGAGAUAUUACAAAGUGACGCAAACACGAAAGGAAAAGAUGGGGUAUAUCCGAUAUAUAUGGAUGGUGAAGAAAAGAUGGUGUACUGCGACAUGACAACGGAAGGAGGAGGAUGGACGAUAAUCCAAAAAAGAAUCGAUGGUUCUACAAGUUUUUAUAGAACCUGGGACAAUUACAAAACUGGAUUUGGAGAACCAUCCAAGAAUUACUGGAUUGGAAAUGAUGCAAUCCACAAUUUGACUAAGGCGAAUAAUCAGGAGCUUCGCGUAGAUAUCACGAUGAAUUCUGGUGAGAAAGUGUAUGCCAAGUACUCCAUAUUCCGCGUCGGAGAUGAGACCAGUAAAUACAGAAUCAUCAUCAACGGAUUUUCCGGAACGGCGGGUGAUGGUUUCGUGGGCCUCGACGGAAGAAAGUUCAGUACACACGACAACGAUAAUGACAGUAGCGGUAGAACAAACUGUGCGUCACUAUAUGGCAGUGCGUGGUGGUACGCCGGCUGUGGUUUCUCCGAUCUGAACGGGAACUACUGGAUGUCUAAUUCCAAGUAUUUCAUGUUUUGGAGAAUUAGGCGCUCAAUGAAAGAGACCAUCAUGAUGAUCAGAACAAAGAAAUAA